CACACAUGCGCAGUAGUAUUAUACCGGCGGAGGCGAAGAAGCUGUGGCCCAAGCCAAGUGGGGGAUAAAAGACAUAUUUGACAGGUUACACCAUGAGUCAGGGUAAAGACAAUGCGCGACUCAAGAGUUACAAGAACAAGUCCCUCAACACAGAUGAGAUGCGGCGGAGGAGGGAAGAGGAAGGACUGCAGCUACGCAAACAGAAGAAAGAUGAACAGUUGUUCAAGAGAAGGAAUGUGGCCACUGUUGAGGAGGAUGGAGCACUGGAGGAUGAUGGGAUGUCGGACAGUGGGUACCUGGAGUCUCAGGCCAACAACAUUGACCAAAUUACGGUAGGAUUCAUUACAGAGGAUAUGAGACAGAUGAUUUUUUCAAGUUCACCUGAACAGCAGCUGAUGGGCACACAACGAUUCAGGAAGCUCCUCUCGAAAGAACCUAACCCUCCCAUUGAUGAGGUCAUUGCCACUCCUGGUGUGGUUGACCGAUUUGUGGAAUUCCUCAAGAGGAAGGAGAACUGCACAUUACAGUUUGAAGCUGCGUGGGUGCUGACAAACAUCGCCUCGGGCACAUCCCACCAGACAAGAGUGGUCAUCCAGGCUGGCGCUGUGCCCACUUUCAUUGAAAUGCUGACUUCAGACUUCGAGGACGUCCAGGAGCAGGCAGUGUGGGCUUUGGGCAACAUAGCAGGUGAUAGCACAGAGUGCAGGGACUAUGUAAUAGACUGCAACAUCCUUCCCUCCCUCGUACAGUUGUUGGCCAAGCAGAACCGGCUCACGAUGAUGAGGAACGCUGUAUGGGCCUUGUCCAACCUGUGCAGAGGCAAAAACCCACCUCCAGAUUUCUCUAAGGUUUCACCGUGUCUCAGUGUCCUCUCGUGGUUGCUCUUCGUGAACGACACGGACAUCCUGGCCGAUGCAUGCUGGGCGCUCUCCUACCUGUCAGACGGCCCCAACGACAAGAUCCAGGCGGUCAUCGACUCAGGAGUCUGCCGCAGACUGGUGGAACUGCUGCUACACGCUGAUUAUAAGGUGGUAUCUCCAGCACUGAGGGCAGUGGGCAACAUCGUCACAGGAGAUGACCUGCAGACACAGGUGAUCCUGAACUGUUCAGCACUGCAGUCUCUCCUCCACCUCCUCAGCAGCCCGAAGGAGUCCAUCAAGAAGGAGGCGUGCUGGACCAUCUCCAACAUCACCGCAGGGAACCGUGCUCAGAUACAGUUGGUGAUCCAGGCAGGGCUGGUGCCCCCACUCAUCAGCAUCCUACAGGCGGCAGAGUUCCGCACAAGGAAGGAGGCUGCCUGGGCCAUCACCAACGCCACGUCUGGAGGCUCCUCUGAGCAGAUCAGGCACCUGGUGGAGAUGGGCUGCAUCAAGCCCCUGUGUGACCUGCUGACCCUCAUGGACUCCAAGAUUGUGCAGGUGGCUCUGAACGGCCUGGAGAACAUCCUGAGGCUGGGGGAGCUGGAGGCCAAGAGGGGGGGUGGCAUCAACCCAUACUGCGCCCUCAUCGAAGAGGCCUAUGGCCUGGAUAAGCUGGAGUUCCUGCAGGGCCAUGCGAACCAGGAAAUCUACCAGAAGGCAUUCGACCUGAUCGAGCGCUACUUCAGCACAGAGGACGAGGACCCAGCGCUGGCCCCCGCUGUGGACCUGCAGCAGCAGCAGUUCCUCUUCCAGCAGUGUGAGGCGCCCAUGGAAGGCUUCCAGCUCUAACCCCCAACCCCUACCAUCCAUCCCCCCACCAACCCCUCUCCCAAACCUUGUCGCCGUUGCAGCUCCACAGGAGAGAUGACCCUUAGCUCCAAUCCUCCAACCCUCCAAUCCCCCUGGCCCCUAGUUCCCCCUUAGCCCUUCUCUCAGAGAGAAUGAUUGAAUAAUUAUCAUGAUUAUUAAUGAUUAUACACAGAGUAUGGUGUUCUAGGAGACGUCACUCUCGACUGCUCCUGCUGUCUGAAGUCUGCGAGUUCUGAAGUACUGACUGCGCUCUUGUUGUUCUAUCAUGCGCUGAGCUUUCUCCUCCGUGCUUUACCUACCCCGACCACUAUCCCCCCCCUCAGUCAAGCAUUACAUUAACAUUGUCUACCUAAUGCUGCCCUAUGGCCGUCAACCUUCCCAUUCAGACACCAUAUCGCAAAAGCCAACAACCAAACAAACCACUCUACCAGAGUCACUCAUCCUCUCUCCUCCUGCAAGCCCAUUGGAAGUCCCCAUUGGCAUGACCAACCUACCCACCUCCCCGAACCAACGGCCCCCUAUCCUUUAGGCCGCUGGGAAUGAACCUGCCUGAUUUCAAAACUGCAAUACUGACUCCCUUAGACAGGCGAGACGCUGGUCGCAUCCCACCCCUUACCCUUCCAGGCUGAGAUUGCAUCUGUUAACAGACAGACCAACAAAGACACACACACACACACACACACACACACACACACACACUGGACUGACCGUGCGACUGUGUGAUGGCGUGACCCAUGUCUCUGCUCACUGGAACCGUGAUUCCCUGAGCACCUCAACUUUUGUGGCGAGAACGGCCAGUC